AUGGUAGAGAUGAAUAAAGUUAUGAAUUGUGUGGCCACAGAUAAAUUUCCUACCCCUUCCUUGAAUGAAAUUAGCUGGUCACGGAUUCAGAACAAGGGAAGAGAAAGUUCUUCAUCUUUGCACAACCUCCAAACAGCAACCCAAAAUAACUAUGUGUAUCUGUGCACUUUUGAAGGAGGAGAGAGAAAGAAAUUAUCCCAGAAGAUUCCUUCCUGCUUUGAAUUCUUCCAAGCCCAAUAUGACAUUCCACAGUCCCAAUAUGAAGAUCAGAAGUUCCAGUAUGAUGACCUGCAAUCCCAGUAUCAGGACCAGCAAUCCCAUUACGAAGACCAGCAGUAUGACCAAACGUAUGAUGACUACAUCUCUGUGCAGCAGCCACAAGACAUUUUUUCUACAGUAGCUCCUGUGAGCCCUGUGUCCACCUUCCCUCCAUUGAAAACAACUCUGGCUGUCAAGGCUGGAAACGCUGCUCACAAUGAGAGAGUGUGUAGCACAUGGGGCAACUUUCAUUUCAAGACCUUUGAUGGAGACAUCUAUCGUUUCCCCGGGCUCUGCAACUAUGUCUUUGCAUCCAACUGCAAAUCCAGCUAUGAAGACUUCAACAUCCAAAUAAGGCGCUCUGUGGUACACAAUACUACCGUUAUUGGUCAUGUGAUCAUGAAAAUUGAUGGAGUCACCAUUGAACUGACCGUAAACUCUGUUAUUGUCAAUGGCAAAUCUGAACAGUUGCCUUACAGCCAUUUAGGAAUCCUGAUUGAGAGGAGAUCAGGUUAUGUGUAUGUUGGUGCCAAGUUAAGCCUGAUAUUGAUGUGGAACCAAGAGGAUGGCCUUCUGCUGGAACUGAAUAAGAAAUAUGCUAAUCAAACUUGUGGUCUUUGUGGAGACUUCAAUGGAAUCCCAACAUACAAUGAAUUCAUUUCAAACAAUGUCAAGCUGGAUCCUGUGCAAUUUGGCAACAUGCAGAAAAUGGAUGGGCCCACGGAGCAAUGCGAAGAUCCUCUGCCAUUUUCCAGAAGCAACUGCAGCCAUGAAUUUAGUACUGUCUGUCAAAACAUAUUGACUGGUGAAGCAUUCAUCAGCUGCAAUGCACUAGUUGAUGUCCAUGAUUACAUUAAUGCUUGCAUUCAAGAUCUGUGCAACUGCGAUAAGUCUGUGCUCGAAGUCUGUGUUUGUGACACCUUUGCUGAAUACUCCAGGCAGUGUGCCCAUGCUGGUGGACAGCCACUUGAGUGGCGAACUCAAGAUCUGUGUGCCAAGUCAUGUCCUUUCAACAUGCAGCACCAAGAAUGUGGAUCUCCCUGCUCUGAUACUUGUACCAAUGCUGAAAGGUCCCAGCUCUGUGAAGAACACUGUAUGGACGGCUGCUUCUGUCCCCCAGGCACUGUGUUUGAUGACAUUAACAACUCUGGCUGCAUCCCAAAUAAGGACUGUUACUGUACUUACAACGGGGGUACCUAUGCUCCAGGAACUUCCUUUUCAACCCAGUGCACUUCAUGCACAUGCACGGGAGGCCAGUGGGCCUGUGUCAGCCUUUCCUGCCCUGGAAUGUGCUCGCUUGAAGGAGGUUCCCACAUCUCAACAUUUGAUGAAAGGCGCUAUUCUGUUUUUGGGGACUGCAGCUACAUCAUAACAAAGCUCUGUGAAAGCAAUUUCUUCACUGUUCUGGGAGAAAUUCGAAAGUGUGGGCUAACAGAUACGGAGACCUGCCUGAAAGGCAUCGCAGUCAGCAUAGCUGGAGGACAGACUGUAAUUGUGAUCAAGUCUACUGGAGCUGUGUACGUGAAUAUGAUCCUCACUCAACUGCCUUUCUCAGCAUCCAACAUCACCAUCUUCAGACCUUCAUCAUUCUUCAUAAUUAUAAACACAAAUAUGGGAAUCCAGUUAGAGAUCCAGCUUGUACCUCUCAUGCAACUUUUUGUGCACUUGAACCCAACCCACAAAGGGCAGACAUGUGGUCUCUGUGGAAACUUCAACAAUGUCCAGACAGAUGACUUCAAAGCCAUCAGUGGUGUGAUUGAAGGAACUGCAGCUGCUUUUGCCAAUACCUGGAAGACACAGGCGGAUUGCCCUAACAUCAGGAACAUAUUUGAGAACCCAUGUACUCUCAGCAUUGAAAAUGAAAAAUAUGCUUCCCACUGGUGUGGACUGUUGACAAGCAAAAAGGGGCCUUUCCAGAAGUGCCACUCUGUAGUAGAUCCAGCUGUUUACCACACGAACUGCAUGUUUGACACGUGCAACUGUGAAAGGAGUGAGGACUGCAUGUGUGCCGCACUCUCUUCCUAUGUCAGAGCCUGUGCUGCGAAAGGAGUGCUGCUGAGUGGAUGGAGGACCAGCGUUUGCACCAAAUAUCAAAUCUGUCCCAAGUCCCUGGUUUAUCGGUAUGUCAUCGAUUCCUGCCAAGCCACCUGCCGAGCUCUGAGUGAGCCAGAUGUCACCUGCAACAUCAAGUUUACACCUGUGGAUGGAUGCACCUGUGAGGAGGGGAUGUACAUGGAUGAAAAUGGCAAAUGUGUACCUGCUCCAAGCUGCUCUUGCUACUACAAAGGAUCUCCCUUACUACCUGGAGAAGUCGUUCAUGAAAAUGGCAUGAUGUGCACUUGCACAAAAGGAGAGCUACAGUGCAUUGGAGUAGUGAAGCCACAACCAGUGUGCAAAGCCCCCAUGGUAUACUUUGAUUGUGCCAAUGCAACAGUAGGUGCAACCGGAUCUGAAUGUCAGAAGAGCUGUCAGACACUUGACAUGGGAUGUUACAGCACAGAGUGUGUUUCUGGUUGCGUGUGUCCUGAUGAUCUGAUAUCUGAUGGCAAAGGUGGAUGUGUAACUUCUGACAAAUGUCCAUGCAUUCACAAUGAAGCCACAUACAGUCCAGGGGAAACCAUCAAGGUGAAAUGUAACACUUGUACGUGUAAGAACAGAAAGUGGGAGUGUUCCAAAGAGCCUUGCAUGGCAACUUGCGCAGUUUAUGGAGACAGCCAUUACAUCACUUUUGACGGCAAGCGCUACAGCUUCAGUGGAGAAUGUGAAUAUACUUUGGUCCAGGACCACUGUAGCAAGAACAGUACAAACACAGGAACAUUCAGAAUUAUUACAGAGAACGUCCCCUGUGGCACUACUGGAACCACCUGCUCAAAAGCCAUUAAAGUUUUCAUGGGAAAGUAUGAGCUAAUACUUACAGAUGAAAAAUUUGAAGUCAUACAGAGACUCCCUGGUAGAGGAGAAGUGCCAUUUAGGAUCCGAUACAUGGGCAUCUACAUGGUGAUUGACACAAGUGGAUUUGUCUUGAUGUGGGACAAGAAAACCAGUAUCUUUAUCAAAGUGAAUUCAGAAUUUAAGGGCCAGUUAUGUGGCCUCUGUGGAAACUAUGAUGGCAAUGACAUGAAUGACUUCACUACUCGGAGCCAAUCUGAAGUAGGAGAUGUGCUCGAAUUUGGUAACAGCUGGAAGGCAUCACCAACUUGCCCAGAUGUCCACAGCAGCAAGAAUCCUUGUGUUGCAAACCCAUACAGGAGUUCUUGGGCCCAAAAGCAGUGUAGUAUCAUUAACAGCAAAACAUUCGCAUUCUGUCACCCUCAGGUUGAACCAACUAAAUAUUAUGAAGCCUGCGUAUCCGAUGCCUGUGCUUGUGAUACUGGGGGAGACUGUGAAUGUUUCUGCACAGCUGUAGCUGCUUAUGCUCAGGCAUGCAAUGAGGCUGGCGUUUGCAUUUCUUGGAGAACUCCAUCUAUCUGUCCUCUGUUCUGUGACUACUACAAUCCCGAAGGGGAAUGUGAAUGGCACUACCAGCCUUGUGGCUCUUCUUGCAUGACAACUUGCAGAAAUCCAUAUGGAAAUUGCUCACAUGAGUUACAAGGCUUGGAAGGCUGCUAUCCAAAGUGUCCAGCCAAUAAGCCCUACUUUAAUGAAGAUGACAUGGAGUGUGUCCCUAUCGAAAAGUGUGGCUGCUUUGAUGACAAAGGAAACCAUUAUAAGCCAGGAGAAAAAAUGCCUUCAGAAAGGAACUGUCAAUUAUGCCAUUGCUCAAUGGACAGCAGAAAGGACUGUGUCUAUGAAGAGAAUGAGUGCUACUGUACCUAUGAAGGCAGGAUAUUCAAACCUGGAGACAGCAUCUACAACACAACAGAUGGCAUUGGAGGCUGCAUUGUUGCAAUCUGUAGUCGCAAUGGAACAAUAGAGAGAAAUAUCUUCCCAUGCCAAACAACCACAACCCCUGCUACCAGAACUUCUACUGUAUUUAAAUUUACUACCACUUCAUCAGCAACCACUACAGCAGUGUCUUCAACGCCAACAGUUUGCGUUCAAAAAGAAUGCCAUUGGUCACAAUGGUAUGAUGGGAAUCAACCUGGAUCUGGAAUUGAUGAUGGAGAUUUUGAGACUUUUGAUCAUCUAAGAGCUGAAGGUUAUGCAGUCUGCAAGGCUCCAGAGGCUGUUGAAUGCAGAGCAGAGAAGUUCCCCAAUACUACAUUGAAUGAACUAGGCCAAAAAGUAGAAUGCAGUGAAAGAGUGGGAUUACUGUGUUACAACAAGGACCAGCAUCCAAUGAACUGCCAUAAUUAUCAAAUCAAAAUCCUAUGUUGUAGCUUCGUACCAUGUUAUUCUACUGCAUCCACACCCAAAUUUACUACAGCAUCUCUAACUUCUACAAGCAUUACAACACCAACUUCCACACUGUCUACUAUGGUUCCGACCAGAAGUACACUUACAGCAACAACUGGCAUCUUAACAACAACCCCAGAGACCACUACUUCAUCCACUGGAACAACUGGCAGAUCUACAUCUCCUACAACAGAAAUAACAAGCCAAACUACUUGUAAAUCCACAUGCAGAUGGACUGACUGGUAUGAUGUGAAUUUUCCCACAUUGGAUAAUAACGGGGAUUUUGAAACAUAUGACGUCAUUAGGGCUGCAGGGAAAGGUAUAUGCCAGAAACCUGAAGAUAUAAAAUGCAGGGCAGAGAAAUUCCCUGAGAAAGCUAUAAAUGAAAUUGGUCAAACUGUUCAGUGCAACGUAUCAUUUGGUUUUGUCUGCAGAAAUGAAGAUCAGUCAGGAAUACUGCAAAUGUGUUAUAAUUAUCAAAUCAAAGUUUAUUGCUGUGAAACUGAUUGCUUGACUACUACUGCAGAAACUACAGCUUCAGGCACAACUGUUUCAGCAACUUCUUCUACUACUGAAUUUUCAACCACAAUUACUAUCCCCACAACUUCCACUACAACUCCAGAAACUACAACAUUCACAACCACUGCUUCUACUACAGAAUUUACAACCACGACUGCUAUCCCCACAACUUCCACUACAACUCCAGAAACUACAUUUACAACCUCUCCUACUACAGAAUUUACAACCACGACUGCUAUCCCCACAACUUCCACUACAACUCCAGAAACUACAUUCACAACCGCUGCUUCUACUACAGAAUUUACAACCAUGACUGCUAUCCCCACAACUUCCACUACAACUCCAGAAACUACAUUUACAACCUCUCCUACUACAGAAUUUACAACCAUGACUACUAUCCCCACAACUUCCACUACAACUCCAGAAACUACAACAUUAACAACCUCUCCUACUACAGAAUUUACAACCACGACUACUAUCCCCACAACUUCCACUACAACCCACUGCACUCAAGAAGUCUGUGAAUGGUCCCAAUGGUAUGAUGUCAGUUAUCCAGGAACUACAGUUGAUGAUGGAGAUUUUGACACAUUCAGCAAUAUAAGAGCCAAAGGAUACACUAUUUGUAAGGCACCAAGGAAUGUUGAAUGCAGAGCAGAGAGAUAUCCUGACACACCACUAAAUGAACUAGAGCAAAAGGUUACAUGCAGCAAAGCAGAAGGACUCAUAUGUUACAAUAAAGAUCAACUUCCACCAAUUUGCUAUAAUUAUGAGAUUAGAAUAGAAUGUUGCAAAGAAAUCAUAGUACCAUGCCCAACUACCACACAAAUAACAACUACAAAACCUGUAAUUUCAACCACAAAAAUGCCUACUACAACUGCCACAACCACAAAAGCAGCAACAACACAUUCAGAAACAACUAGGCUAGCAACAACUACAACAGCAAAAACUGUUGUUACAAUAUUAGGGACAACUCAAAAGCCAUCUACAGCACAGAUACAAUAUACACCAACACCUAAUACAACUAUAGUUACAAAAACAACAUCAGCUACAAGAACGUCACAUGUACUAAGCACAACAUUUAAAACUGCAGAAGUAAUUCCAACAACAACUGAAAUAACAAAAACUUCUGCAACUCAUCCUACAACCAUGCCCCUAACAACUACAAAACUGAUAACAAGUACUUCAGAGGUGACUUCAACUAGCACCACAACCAAAACAAGAGAAACAAGUCCUCCAAAGACUACCAAAAGAAUUACAACACGCGGUGACAUUGAAACAUACAAUAAUAUCCGAGCCGCAGGGGGCAAAAUCUGUGGGAAGCCCACCAAUAUCCAGUGCAGGGCUGAAAAUGAGCCUGGGCUGAGCAUAGACCAAGUGGGACAGGUGGUCGACUGUAAUGUCAACUUUGGGCUGGUGUGCAAGAACACAGAUCAAAUUGGGAAGGUGAAGAUGUGUUUGAAUUAUGAGAUACGGGUGUUGUGCUGUGAGGAGAAUCCAGAGUGCGUAACCACACCCAAGACACACACCACCACUGCCAAGCCCAGCACCACGACUCCCGUCACCACUGCAUCAGAAACUACAGCUUCAUCUAUAGUUACCCAAACAACAACCCCAGCUACUUUAGGAAGCAGCACAACCCCUUGCUUCUGCUUAAUUGGACAAACCAUUUACAAGCCUGGUGAAAUUAUUUACAACCGAACAGACAGCGAUGGUUGCUAUUUCUAUGCUAUUUGUGAUAGAACUUGUUCUGUUGAAAGAUUGAAAGGCCCAUGUAGAUCAACAACACCAAAACCAACUUCAACUCCAUCUGUUGUAAUUACAACUCCCACUACCACAGCUGUUGGCACUACUCCAGCACAUGGCUGUCCUGAAGCUAAUCCUCCACGAAAGGAAGGAGAGACAUGGACAACAGAUUGCAUGAAAAAAACCUGUGUGGGAAACAACACCAUUACUGUAAACAAAGUGCAGUGUGAACCUGUGCAGCCUCUUGUUUGUGAAAAUGGGUACCCCCCAAUAAAAGUGUAUAGUGAAGAUGGCUGUUGUUACCACUAUGAAUGUGAAUGUGUUUGUAGUGGCUGGGGUGAUCCUCACUAUAUCACUUUUGAUGGAACCUACUACACCUUCCUGGACAACUGCACUUAUGUGCUAGUGCAGCAGAUUAUACCUAAAUAUGACAACUUCAGAGUUCUUAUUGAUAAUUACUUUUGUGAUUCAGAAGAUAAACUUUCCUGUCCUCAAUCUAUUAUUAUUUACUACAAGUCUUCAAAAGUAGUGCUAACUCGCCAGCGCUUCAAUGGAGUGGAAGCUAACAAGAUCUACUUCAACGAUAAGGUUGUCAGUCCAGGUUUCCAGAAAGACGGCAUUUCUGUCUCCAUGACUGGCAUCAAUAUGGUGUUUGAGAUUGCUGAACUUAAGAUUGUCAUCACCUUCAGUGGAAUGAUCUUCUCAAUACAGCUUCCAUAUAGCAAAUUUGGCAACAAUACUGAAGGACAAUGUGGUACAUGCACAAACAACAAAAGAGAUGACUGCCGCUUGCCAAAUGGCAAGACAACUAGUUGUUCCCACAUGGCUCCAGCUUGGAGAGUUCCUGAUGACAAGAAAGACUACUGCUCAGGACCACCACCAACACUGUCACCAAUACCCACACCAAGUCCAGAACCAUGUCCAGUUCACCCUCUCUGCAAGACACUUACAAGCUACAUCUUCAAGGAGUGCCAUAAGAUCAUCUCUCCAGUGCCAUACUUCCAAGGGUGCGAGUUUGAUGCUUGUCACAUCAAAAAUAUUUCUAUGCAGUGUUCUGCUUUGGAGGCAUAUGCAUCUCUCUGUGCUUCUGCAGGCGUUUGUAUCGACUGGAGAGCAAAGAUCAACGGCACUUGCCCAUACAACUGUCCUGCAGACCAAGUAUAUGACCCAUGUGGUCCCCUCAACCCUCCCACAUGUGAUAAGAGGUCUUCUUACAGCAUGACCAAAAAGGUUUCUGUGCCAAAAUCCAGCCUGAGCCCUAACUAA